CCGGGGCGAGGCGGCCCCCGCCGCCGCCAUGGAGGCGCUGGGACCCGGACCUCCAACUAGCCUCUUUCAGCCACCUCGUCGUCCGGGCCUUGGAACUGUUGGAAAACCAAUUCGACUGUUAGCUAAUCAUUUUCAGGUUCAGAUCCCUAAAAUAGAUGUGUAUCACUAUGAUGUGGAUAUUAAACCAGAAAAACGGCCUCGUAGAGUCAACAGGGAGGUAGUAGAUACAAUGGUGAGACACUUCAAGAUGCAGAUAUUUGGUGAUCGGCAGCCUGGCUAUGAUGGCAAAAGAAACAUGUACACAGCACAUCCACUGCCAAUUGGACGGGAUAGGGUUGAUAUGGAAGUGACCCUCCCAGGUGAGGGUAAAGACCAAACCUUCAAAGUGUCUGUUCAAUGGGUGUCUGUUGUGAGCCUUCAGUUGCUUUUAGAAGCUUUAGCUGGGCACUUGAAUGAAGUCCCAGAUGACUCAGUACAAGCACUUGAUGUUAUCACAAGACAUCUUCCCUCUAUGAGGUACACUCCGGUGGGUCGUUCCUUCUUCUCACCUCCUGAAGGUUACUACCACCCUCUGGGAGGGGGCAGAGAGGUUUGGUUUGGUUUCCAUCAGUCUGUAAGACCUGCUAUGUGGAACAUGAUGCUCAACAUUGAUGUAUCUGCAACUGCUUUCUACAGGGCUCAGCCUAUUAUUGAGUUCAUGUGUGAGGUUUUAGACAUUCAGAACAUCAAUGAACAGACCAAACCUCUAACAGACUCCCAGCGUGUCAAGUUUACCAAAGAAAUCAGAGGUCUCAAAGUUGAAGUGACUCACUGUGGACAGAUGAAACGAAAAUAUCGAGUUUGUAAUGUGACUAGACGACCAGCCAGUCAUCAAACUUUUCCUUUGCAGCUAGAAAAUGGUCAAGCAAUGGAAUGUACAGUAGCUCAAUAUUUUAAGCAAAAGUAUAGUCUACAGCUGAAAUAUCCCCAUCUUCCCUGUCUCCAAGUGGGACAAGAACAAAAGCAUACAUACUUGCCACUUGAGGUCUGUAACAUAGUGGCAGGACAGCGAUGUAUAAAGAAACUCACAGACAAUCAGACUUCCACGAUGAUCAAAGCCACAGCAAGAUCUGCUCCUGACAGACAGGAAGAGAUCAGUAGACUGGUGAAGAGUAACAGUAUGGUGGGUGGACCUGAUCCUUACCUGAAAGAAUUUGGGAUUGUUGUGCACAAUGAAAUGACAGAGCUCACAGGCAGGGUGCUUCCAGCACCAAUGCUGCAAUAUGGAGGCCGGAAUAAAACAGUAGCCACACCCAACCAGGGUGUCUGGGACAUGCGAGGAAAGCAGUUUUAUGCUGGCAUUGAAAUUAAAGUUUGGGCAGUUGCUUGUUUUGCGCCUCAGAAACAAUGUAGGGAAGAUUUACUAAAAAGUUUCACUGACCAACUGCGUAAAAUCUCCAAGGAUGCAGGAAUGCCCAUCCAGGGUCAGCCAUGUUUCUGCAAGUACGCACAAGGUGCAGACAGCGUGGAGCCCAUGUUUAAACAUCUGAAAAUGACAUAUGUGGGCCUACAGCUGAUAGUGGUUAUCUUGCCGGGAAAGACACCAGUAUAUGCGGAGGUAAAACGUGUUGGAGAUACCCUUCUAGGUAUGGCCACACAGUGUGUCCAGGUAAAAAACGUAGUGAAGACCUCACCCCAAACCCUUUCCAAUCUUUGCCUGAAGAUAAAUGCAAAGCUUGGAGGAAUUAACAAUGUACUUGUACCUCAUCAAAGGCCCUCCGUGUUCCAGCAACCUGUCAUCUUCCUGGGAGCAGAUGUCACUCACCCUCCAGCGGGAGAUGGGAAGAAGCCCUCCAUAGCGGCCGUGGUGGGCAGUAUGGAUGGCCACCCCAGCAGGUAUUGCGCCACGGUUCGGGUGCAGACUUCCCGGCAGGAGAUCUCCCAAGAACUCCUCUACAGUCAGGAGGUCAUCCAGGACCUCACUAACAUGGUUCGAGAACUUCUGAUCCAGUUCUACAAAUCCACGCGCUUCAAACCCACUCGCAUCAUCUAUUACCGUGGAGGGGUAUCUGAGGGACAAAUGAAACAGGUAGCUUGGCCGGAAUUAAUAGCGAUUCGAAAGGCAUGUAUCAGUUUGGAGGAAGAUUAUCGGCCAGGAAUAACAUAUAUUGUGGUGCAAAAGAGACAUCACACAAGACUGUUCUGUGCAGAUAAAACAGAAAGGGUGGGGAAAAGUGGCAAUGUACCAGCAGGCACUACGGUGGAUAGUACCAUCACACAUCCAUCUGAGUUUGACUUUUACCUUUGUAGUCAUGCAGGAAUUCAGGGAACCAGCCGCCCUUCACAUUACCAGGUCUUGUGGGAUGACAACUGCUUCACUGCAGAUGAGCUCCAGCUACUGACUUAUCAGCUGUGUCACACCUAUGUGAGGUGCACACGCUCAGUCUCUAUUCCAGCCCCUGCAUAUUAUGCCCGGCUUGUAGCAUUUAGGGCAAGGUAUCAUCUGGUGGAUAAAGAUCAUGACAGCGCGGAAGGCAGUCAUGUGUCAGGACAAAGCAACGGCCGGGAUCCUCAGGCCUUGGCUAAGGCUGUGCAGAUUCACCAUGAUACCCAGCACACAAUGUAUUUUGCCUGAGAGUCUCAGAAAAAAAGAACUCAACCAGUUUGGUACCCCAUACAGCCUCAAAAUGUUUCAAAUGCCUACCGCCUCUAGAUAGAGCCAAGUUGACUUCAGUUGGUCUUCUACCAGCAGCUCGGAAUAGUUGCACUGAAUCUAUACUUUGCAGCACUGUCUGAUGCAUCAACAAAUUGAGCCAUUUUUUUAAAGUAAUAGAUACUCAUAGAUUAUCUUUUCUGAUGCACUGGACAGAAUUUUUACCUCAAUGUGCAAAGGCUGAUCAGCCUGAACUUUCUAAAGGACUUUACAAGAAAGGUUUCUAUGGAAUAUUUUGCUAGCUGUGGUGUUCACCGCAUCCCUCUAGUCUUAUAAGAGAAGAUUAUUCCUUUUUUUCUGUGUUUAUUGAGUGGGGUGUAUGCAUAAGUGGGAAAGAAAAACCAAACCAACUACUUCAGUUCAGUGUAACUAAUUGGAUGAGCCCAUAGACUUUUUAAUGGAGAUUUCUGACUUUACCACUGUAAAUGCCUUUAACGAGCAUUAAUUUUUGAAAGUUUUACAGAGUUUUAUUAGUUUUACUACUUUGUCUUAUUGAUCUCUGCAGACUUGUGCUGGUGCAAGUAUAGACUGCUAGGCAAUUGCACUAUAUUUGGCUGCAGAUUCAAAUAGGCACUUCUCUUAUUCAGUUGACUUUAAUGAAUGUGUGACAUAAACAGAUGAAAUGCAUGUCACAGUGACAGAUAAUACUGCCAUGGAAAAAGUACAUGUUUCUCCCUGUUUGAAAAAAAAAUUAGCUUUUAGUAUUUUUCCAAGUUUUCAAAAGUGCCCAUUUUAUGCUGCUGCGGUGUGAUUUGUUAGAUCUAAAUGAUUUUUAAACUUUUCUCAUAGAAAGUUAACUUUGGCAAUAAACAUUUUUUAAGGUCCCUCCUCUUCUUCCCCCAAUGAUGUAGUUUUCUAGAUGAGAUUUCGGUAUGAUUUUAUCAGCUAUUUCUUAUAUAUCAUAAUCUGGCAAUUUCUGAAACCAGUCAGAAAAGACAUAUAUUUCCAUGCCUUUUGAAAGAAUUGUUUUUUACUUGUUUUAUAGUCACAAUCGGUGUCCUGUCAUUUUGUUCUAAAAUAAGCUAGAACCAGGAUGCUUCCUUAUUGGAUAGGGUUUGCCAGUGAUGUUGCACUUGCAAAAAAUGUACCAGCAUUGAACAUUUUUUCCUGGGAAUCAAGUUUAUUUACAUAAUUACUUGCAGUGCAUUUUUUUUCCUUUUUCUUUCUCUUUCAACCUGAAAUGUACUUGGGUUUUCCUUCCUUUUAUUCAACUAAAACUGUGUAGAAAAGGUUGAUUUUUCUGAAGAUUCUGGAACCCACUCACAGGGAGACAGGAUUCCUUUCUUGCCCAAAAAAGGGAGUUGAUCUAAAGCAAGCAUCAAUUAAAAUGUAAGGGAAAAUAUAUUCUGUAUUUAGUGUAGAUAAUACUUUGUAAUGGACGACAGUUACAUAGAGUCUUGUUAGUUCCAGCCAGUGUUUCCCAGCCCACAUUUUACUGAUUGAUUUAUUCUCCAUCCUGGAACCACCGGAGUGAGAGAUUAAGGGCCCUCGAGGAGCCAUACUCCAUUGGCUGAGGAAGAUGCUGGGGGAAGAGACAGACACAAUGUGGUGAAAACAAUUUUGCCGCUUGUCUGGAAACUGCUGGUGGGAAACACUGGAUCAGAUGGUGAAGGAUGUUUGCUUGAACUCAUUAGUUGGUCCAAAUCUCUUAAACUGGCCUUCUCAAAAUCCCAGCAAUAUAAAGCACUGUUUUUCUUCAGUCUUUUAAACAAGCUUGUAAAUACA